AUGCAAUCAUUGAAUGAUUUCAUCAGCUCACUCAGAAUGGCUUCCUCAAUAGAGCAGGAAAAAUACCUCACAUCAACAGAACAAGCACAUAUCCGUGCAAGUCUUAAAGUUUGCGAAGCAAGUCAAAGACCAGUCAUCGUAUCUAAGCUUAUGUUCCUCGAUUUACUCGGGCAUAAUGUUCAGUGGGGUAACACCGAAGUCAUCAACUUAAUGUCAGAUGAAGCUUUCAGCUACAAGAGAAUUGGAUAUAUCGGAGCUGCUCAAUUACUUGAUGCUGAAGAUGAUAUGAACGUUCUCGUUACUCAAACGCUUCUCAAGGACUUACAAAGCCGAAAUCCAUACAUCCAAUCUCUUGCUUUAGCUUAUAUUGCUAAUAAUGCUUCAGCAGAAAUAUGCACAUCAGUUGUUACAGAGGUUCAACGACUUAUGCAAGGAAGCCCAGCUUUCGUUCUUAAAAGAGCAGGCAUGGCAGCCGUUCGUAUUGUCAGGAAAAAUCCUGAAUUGUGCGAAACAUUCAAGAACUCAGUCCAAUCAUUACUUAACAAUUCAUCACAUGGCAUUGUCAUAUCAGGUCUUAACCUUGUUAUUGAAAUGCUUACAAUUAAUCCAAAACUCUCAAGAGCUUGGGCUCAAUUUGCUAGUCCAUUAACAAAAAUACUUCAAAACUUAAUUACAGGCAGGCUCAGACCAGAAUACGCCACAGAAAACUUCUGUGAUCCAUUUAUGCAAAUGAAAACACUCAGAGCUUUAACAUUACUCCACAAGAAGGCAGAAGAAACCGAAAACAUCCUCCAAACAAUCAUAAACAAGUCAGAUUUAUCAUCUAAUGUUGGUCGUUCGAUUAUUUACGAAAUGGCAGAGACAGUUGCCACUGUUUCGAAGUCCCAAUCUACUUGUGGCCUUGCAUUCAACUCAAUUGGCCGUUUACUAGCUCUUAAUGAUCCUAAUGCGCUUUAUUCAGCCUUAUGUGCCUUUGAUCGUGUUCUUUCCCGACCAUUGAAGGGCAAAACAGAUGCAAUGGCUCUCCAGCGUUACAAAUCCAAGGUUGCCAAGUGUUUAGGUAACGAUGAUCCUUCAAUUCGUCGCAGAGCCUUAUCCGUCAUUUCCGCCUUGAUAGAUGAGACCAAUGCCGAAACCCUUAUCCCAGAAAUCCUCGGAUACGUCAAACUUUCCGAUCCAGAUUUCAGAAUUGAUAUCAUCUCAAAAGUUUAUCAAGCAGCAAUGAAAUUCAAGGCCAAUGACAGAUGGUUUAUCUCGACUACCCUUGAUUUGCUCAAAGAAUCAGGUGGAUACGUUGGAACAGAUUUAUUAUCUUCAUUCUGUGAAUUUGUUGGCACCACCAGCGAAAGAUCCUAUGUCAUUGAAUGCCUCUCAGCCGCUCUCCAAGACGCCAACUCCACACAGCCUCUUCUCCAAGCCGCAGCCUUCAUUGUCGGAGAAUACGGAACAAACCCCGCUUCAAUCCAAGAUAUUUCUGUUCUAAUCCAACUUCCUAACGUCAAACUCGAGACCCGCCUCUACCUUCUCUCCGCGUUAAGCCGCAUUGCCGCCAGAAUCGGUGCUUCUCAGGAAAUUUUGCCACUUUUGACAAAACUUCAGACAUCAAACGACACCGAAGUACAGCAACGCGCAGGCGAAUUAGUCCGUAUGUUUGAGAAAGGCAUUGCCACGACAGUUUUGGCAACAGACGACACACAACAAGACGACAAACUCGUGAAAGUCGAUUCGAACCAAAAAGACGACGAUGAAGAAGAUUUACUUGGAUUAGUCAUGGACAACAAACAGACGACACAAACAACGACACCAGCAGCCAAUACAAAUGACAUUCUAUCAUUGAUUGCUGCUGCUCCUGUAGUAACAAAUGUCGUAAACAAGCCAGUUGUAACAAAUCAGUUACCUCCAGGAGUUGUUUACGAUUGCGAUGCUUUCUUUGUUAAAUACAACCAUUGCGCAAACGCACAGAAUCCGAAACAACACGCCUUGCAGCUUGUUUUCUGUUUCAGGAAGUCUGUCAGCAAUUUCUACGUUCAAUACGCUGCAGCAAUGGGAUGGAGACUGCAGGCGCCACAAGGAAAAGCUGGCGAUCAAGCGGAACAGUCGACAAAGACUGAUGUUGUUUAUGUUAUGGAUGCUGAAGGAAAACCAUUCGGACUUAAAGUUAGAGCUAAUUUCAUCAGCGCUGGUCAGCAAAUAAGAGAUUUUACACUCGAUAAGCAGUGA